GGUGUCCGCCGUCCACUGAACAACCGCGAGCAUAAAACCUUUUUAAAUAAUCAAUUGAAACGGUGAGUAUAAGGUCUGCUUUUGAACUUAAAACCCUAGAGUCUACUCUAGAUCCCAUAACUCUUUCUCUAGAACAAAAUUGCAGUUGUGAAGAGGUUGAUUUUGAGGCCUUGAAAGAAAGAUGCUUGUGUUGUUUGAGACACCAGCGGGCUUUGCCCUCUUUAAAGUUUUGGAUGAAGGGAAACUAUCUAAAGUUGAGGACUUAUCAAAAGAAUUUUCUACUGCAGACUCUGCAAGAAAGGUUGUCAAGUUGAAAGCUUUUUCAAAAUUCGAGAAUACAUCGGAGGCUCUGGAAGCAGCAACAAAAAUUAUUGAAGGAACAGCUAGCAAAGGUCUGCGCAAGUUUUUGCGUGCACAUUGUGAUGGGGAAAUACUAGGUGUGGCUGAUUCAAAGCUUGGAAAUGCAAUCAAGGAAAAAUUGAAAAUAGAUUGUGUUCAUAGCAAUGCUGUCAUGGAGUUGAUGAGAGGUGUUAGGAGUCAGUUAACUGAACUUAUAUCUGGUCUAGGUGUUCAAGAUUUGGCACCAAUGAGCCUGGGUUUAUCUCAUAGUCUGUCUAGGUACAAAUUGAAGUUCAGCCCUGAUAAGGUUGAUACAAUGAUUAUUCAAGCUAUUGGUUUGCUUGAUGACCUUGAUAAGGAGCUCAACACAUAUGCAAUGAGAGUUAGGGAAUGGUAUGGUUGGCAUUUUCCUGAACUAGCUAAGAUUGUACAAGACAACAUCCUUUAUGCCAAGGCAGUGAAACUGAUGGGUAGCCGUAAUAAUGCUGUCAAGCUUGAUUUCUCUGAGGUGCUACCAGAAGAAGUUGAGACUGAACUGAAGGAGGCAGCUUUGAUAUCCAUGGGGACUGAAGUUAGUGAAGUUGAUUUGAUAAAUAUCAGAGAACUCUGUGACCAGGUUUUAUCUCUAGCUGAAUACAGAGCUCAACUGUAUGAUUACUUAAAAAGCAGGAUGAACACCAUUGCACCGAAUUUGACUGCUCUUGUUGGAGAGCUUGUUGGAGCUCGCUUAAUUGCUCAUGGGGGUAGCUUAUUAAAUCUUGCAAAGCAGCCUGGGAGCACAGUUCAGAUUCUUGGGGCUGAAAAGGCUCUUUUCAGAGCUCUAAAGACAAAGCAUUCAACUCCCAAAUAUGGUCUUAUUUUCCAUGCGUCCUUAGUUGGCCAGGCAGCUCCUAAGACAAAGGGGAAAAUUUCAAGAUCACUUGCUGCUAAAGCUGCACUGGCAAUUCGUUACGAUGCUCUUGGAGAUGGCGAAGAUAAUUCUCUGGGACUGGAACACCGAGCCAAGCUUGAAGAACGGUUAAGGAGCCUUGAAGGGAGAGAAUUGAGUCGAUCUGCGGGAUCCAAUAAAGGCAAACCAAAAAUAGAAGCUUAUGACAAGGAUCGAAAGAAGGGAGCUGGGGGAUUGAUAACUCCUGCCAAGGCUUACAAUGCUUCUGCUGAUGCUGUUCUUGAGCAAACACCAAACUCCACGUCUGGGACUGGGGAAGAAAUUGUCCCAAAGAAGAGAAAGACAGAUGCCGAACCUCUUAAUGAGGGAGUAGCACAAGAGGCUCCAGUUACUGGUGAGCAGAAGAAAGAGAAGAAGAAGAAAAAUAAUACUGAAGAAGAGGAAACAGCAGUGCCAAAUGGUGGAAAUGGAACCACUGAGCAGGAAGAUGAAGGGGAAGCAAAGAAAGAAAAAAAGAAAAAGAAGAAACAUAAAGGCGAAGACAAUGAUGUGCAGAAUGAAAAUGAGAAUGUUGAUGCAGGAGAAAAAAGGAAAAAGAAGCGAAAGCAUGCUGAACAAGACGAAGAAACUAAAACACCAAGCAAGAAGAAAGAUAAGAAGAAGAGAAAAAGUGAGGUAUAGGAAAACCUGGAAGGUUGAGGUUACUGGCUGCCCAGCAAUUUUGGAGAAGGAAUUAGGCAGUAACUCCACACUGCUAUAAAUUUACUGUAUAAUUUUUUUUAUAUUUUUUUUUUGUUUUCCUUGGCUGAUCUCGUUUCUUAGCUUAUUUCUAUAUCCUCUAAUUUCUUCUGGAUGUGAUAAUGAGCGGUUCUGUUAGAAUUGGAUAUACUAUGAGAAUUAUAUUUUGCAAUUCACUUGCACAGUAGUAGUCUGCUGCUCCCCAGUUCAGGAAUUGAAACUGAAAUGGGUUUAUAGUUUA